CGCUCGUCGCUCGAAGGGGAUGAAUGUUAUAGACCUAGAUGGUAGUGACUAUAACUAAUGGGGCCCUCUUUUUCCGUGACAUUACAUAUAAUCUUUUAAUUUAGUAAUCAAGAAAAUCACCGCGUGUGUGUCUUUUAUUGUGUAUUACUGAGGACUAAAUAGUUUAUGUCAUUCGUCGCAUUAAUAACGCUUUCUUAACACGUCUUAUGUCAAAGUUUAAACGCAACAACAGUUGUCCUAAGACUUUAAGAGUUUAACCCAAUGUGAUAGACAGAAACGCACUUAUUUGCAAUAUAUUAUGCAAACGAUUUUAUCCAACUCUUUUAAUAUUUGCUCAAAAAUAUUAACUUUGACAUGCUGCGGUUUUAUUUCAUUGCAGAUUUUUUAAGAGCGACGAAGCGCUUUAAGUAAAAACGGAAGAAAUUAACAUUAUUGGAACCGUUCUUGGGAGUGUGAAAGCGUCAAGUGCCCAAUCUCGGAAUCAAAAAGCAUACUAAUUUUUAAAGUUAGAAAUAGUAUUUGUGGAAUAUGAUCAAUUGACAUUGGUCUUUUCUCGGGUGAUGUGAAGAUCGCCUGCUGUUGACAAUAACGACAUGUUUAUGGAGGAACAUGCUAUAUCCAAGUGAUUUAGGAGUACUCUGAACUUCGAUAUGUAGAGAGCUAUAAGGUUCGAUUCGUAUUUAAUUUCAAUAAACGGGACUUGUUGAAGGAUUAUUAAGACAUUUUGCGACAGAUUUCACACACUUAACCAAGUGAUGGAUUGUUCUGAAGAGGCUAAAAUGAACUUUGUGGCGGACAAGUGGUCAGAUACCCCGAAACAUUCAGACAGAACUAGAAUCGAGAACCAUCAAAGCUACCAUAAAACUUUCCCAAGGUAUUCACAGGACGAUUCUAUAGUGUCCUACGGACAUUACGAUCCCAUCGCAAGAAAGGACAGGUGCUCUAAGUGUUGUGGGGACCGGGAGAUAGAAAAGACUUCUUGGGCGGACUGUGUGUAUAAAACGUCCCCCAGUCACCAUAGAAAUCACCGAAAGUGUGCAGAACAUUGGAAUUUAUUUAUACGAAAUUCUAAAAUGAUUCGUUGUGGAGGAAAAGUAUUGGUCGUUUUGACCCUUCUGUGUUUGUUAGGACUUAUAUUUGAGGGUUCUUCUUCGUCGAUCGUUAGUGAAUCGGAAAAAAUUCAUCUCGGGGAAGAAGCAAACAUAGUAAUGCAUAGAAUUCAACCAGUGAAAAUGAGCGUAUUUCAUCAGCACGCCAAAAAUGUAUCAAAAUACCAUCGACAUGAUUACCGAGAUUUAUUAAGGAUAUUUUUCAAAGAUCCUAACGUCAGUGACAAAGAAAUAGACAUGUUCCUUGAAAGAAAAACACUGAAGGAUAUUUUACCGGAAGAAGACUACUCCAAGAGAGAUUAUAAUUAUAUGAAUGAUGAAGCUAUGUUCAUGGAGGAUCCAUUAAACUUAGCUGAACAAGCCACAGAACACUACGCACAAGUGUUUGAUCAUCCUUAUGCAUCGUGUCAGGACCCUCAACCGGAAGUGAUAUACAUUCCACCGGAAGGACAUAUAAAAUAUAUUCCAGAAUACACUAUUCUUCAUCGAUGUAGAAAUACAACCGGCUGUUGUUGGGACAAGUCUCAGACAUGCACCGUUAAAAAUCUGCAAAUCGUCACACGAACUUUCUUCGUGGUCGAUACGUUUUCUGAUGAUACCAUAUUACCAAACCAAGCUGAGCAGCUUUUCUUAACGAACCAUACGUCGUGUCACUGUGAGCUGCUGAAUCCACAGCCAGGGUGUGACCAGCAGUGUCCAAGGCCGUUCCGCAAAAUUCGAACUGGAGACACGUGCGCGUGUGAUUGCCCAGGCGACCGUAAUUUAGAAUGUCUUGAGAUUAAAUGGGGGAUCGCACCUCUCAACACAGAUGGAUUCAAUUGUGUAAAAGAACGCCGUUGUAUGGCGCCAAACUGCCAGUCGGGAAGGUUUGAUAUCAGGAAGGGAUUCUGUCCGGGAACAAAUGAACCUUACCCGCACCGGAAACGACGGAACGUGCAAAGGAAUCAGCGACUGGGUUCUAUUACGUCUGCUUUUAAACAAGCAACAUGUGUGUUAACUUUUGGAGAACACUGUCCGCACAGUCCCGUCACAAAUCGAGGUCAUUAAGAUCAACUCUGGUUCAAGUCAGUCACGUGAUUUGUGUCUUCGACGGAUGGUUCGAUCUGAAAAUAAACAACACUGAAAAAGAAAGUAUCAAUGAAGUGAAAACUGUAAUUCUCCUCAUCGAUAUUAGAACAAUAUUAAUUUAUGUACAUGUAACAAUGACGUCAUAAUACGUUGAAUCUCCCUCUUCUAGUAGAAUGUAACUAUUUAUGUUAUAAACCAUGUAUAUUUUUGUUGUCUAUUUUGUGUAUUUAUGUAGCGUUAGUUUACACAUCUCAUUUGUAUUGGUGCACAUUUAUUUAUGAGUCAUAGAUUACAAAUUUUUCAUUAUUCAUUAACUUAUUCUUAAUUAAUGAACUGCUCGUUUACGUUGUAAUUUUGUGUAAUUAUACAUACUCAAGGAUUGUCAAAGGAUAUUUAAUGACCGUUUUUUAUAGCUUUGAUACCUACAAAUGUGACAUCAAAACAAUUUAUCGAAACCCAAUGGGAUUCAAGUUCAUACAGAAAAACAUGUGUAAUGAUUCAUUGCAUGGUUCUGUAAAUUUUUACAAAUUUUGGCUCCGUGUUUUAUUAAAGACAUUGCAUAUGUGAUGCGAUAUACAAGUUCUCUUUCAUAUGUUUGAUUGUUUUUGAAAAUUAUGCUCCCCCUUUUUUUGUUCUGUAACAUUUUCAAAUUAAAUCAACAUAAAGAAAUUAAAAUUUACUGUACAGAACUAGGUAUAAUAAUAGUAAAUGUUAGGGCACUUCCCAUUCCCCAUGAUGUUGAAUAAACGAUUCCUAUUUUG